GUCCGCGGCGGCGCUACUUGAAAGUCAGCACAGAUCCACCCAAAUGGAGCGCUCGCCGCCCCACGGCUAGCGGGGCGCUCCCGCGGGGGUUCCGCGCCUCCCCUCCGCCAGGUGGAGCUAGCACUCGCAAGGGAGCCUCCGCGGUUCAGAGGUCACACCCCGGCUGAAGUAAACUGCGCUCAGGCGGCUUUCAGGGGCGCGACCCCAGCCUCUUUCCUCGGCCCACGCCCCGGCGCUGAGCAGAGACGACCUUAGCGGUCCUGCACCUAGCGGUUCUGCAGGUCCCUGAAUCCUCUUGGGAUCUGCGCUGAAGACAGGCGGGAGCUCAGCCGCGCGCCCUGCCUCCGCCGCCAUGGCCCAGCUGCGAGCCUGCGAAGUCCGGCAGCUGCUGCACAACAAGUUCGUGGUGGUCAUGGGGGACUCAGUCCAGCUGGCCGUGUACAAGGACCUGGUGCUCCUGCUGCAGAAGGACUGCCUGCUGUCCUCCAGUCAGCUGAAGGCCAAGGGCGAGCUGAGCUUCGAGCGCGACAUGCUGCUGGUGGGUUGCAGCAGCGGCCGCAUGCACUACGGCAGCCACUACCGCGAGGUGCGCCAGUUCCGCUCGGGCCACCACCUGGUGCGCUUCUACUUCCUCACGCGCGUGUACUCGCACUACGCGGAGCGCGUCGUGGAGGAGCUGCAUAGGUCCGAGCCCGCCCCGGACGUGGUGGUCAUGAACUCCUGCCUCUGGGACCUGGCCAGGGAUGGCCGGGGCUUCCCCAGGAGCUACCGGCGUGACGUGGAGAGCCUGUUCGCGCGGCUGGACUGGGCGCUGCCCACGUCCUGCCUCUUGCUGUGGAACACGGCCAUGCCCGUGGCUGACACCAUCUCGGGAAGCUGCCUCCCUUGCGCGCGCCAUCUCCGCCGCGCCCACCUGCGCGAAGACAACCGAGUAUCUAAAGCUUUCACCUAA